UCUGGAACCAUCUUCAUCUGCGUGAAGCAGGUGGACGAGAGAGGGAGGAGGAAGGCGAUUUGGGUGGCAGUUCGGUGGCGCUGUCUUCUUCGAUCCCUUUUCAUUCUGCAUUCCCGCUCCUGGAUUCACUCCUGGCAAAAUUGGAAUCGGUUCAUUGAAGCUUAUGGGCCAUUUGAGCUUGCAGCUCCUCUUAUUAUAUCUGGUUCUUCUUUGCUUUGCGGAUUAUGCUUUGUCUGGGAGUACAAGUCCGUACGUACGUUCAGAAUAUCCAUCAACCGAUAUCCCUCUAGAUAAUGAAGCUUUUGUUCUUCCUGAAGGCUUUAACGCUCCGCAGCAGGUGCAUAUUACUCAAGGUGACUAUGAUGCGAAAGCCGUUAUAAUCUCCUGGGUGACAGCUUCUGAACCUGGUUCAAGUGAAGUCUGGUAUGGAAUAGAGGACAAUAAAUAUGAGCUAAAAGCUGAAGGAGAAAAAACAAACUAUACAUUUUAUGAUUACAACUCUGGAUUUAUUCAUCACUGCCUUAUUGAUGGACUUGAGUAUAACACAAAAUAUUAUUAUAAAAUUGGUACUGGUUCCUCUGCUCGAGAAUUUUGGUUCCAAACACCUCCAGAGGUCCAUCCAGAUUCUGCAUACACAUUUGGCAUAAUUGGUGAUCUGGGGCAAACAUAUAACUCUCUUUCCACUCUCGACCAUUACAUGAAAAGUGACGGACAGACUGUCUUGUUUGUCGGAGAUCUUUCUUAUGCUGAUAGAUAUAAAUAUAACGAUGGCAACCGCUGGGAUUCAUGGGGCCGCCUUGUGGAAAAGAAUGCUGCAUAUCAACCGUGGAUUUGGACAACCGGAAACCAUGAAAUUGAGUAUCAACCUGAAUUGGGAGAGACCACUAUGUUCAAAGCUUUUCUGCACAGAUAUUCGACGCCUUAUAAGGCUUCCCAAAGCAGUUCACCCCUUUGGUAUGCAAUCAGGCGUGCAUCUGCUCAUAUUAUUGUGCUUUCAAGCUACUCUCCCUUCGUCAAAUAUACUCCACAAUGGCAUUGGCUCCGGGCAGAGCUGAAGCGAGUCGACAGAGAAAAAACGCCAUGGCUGAUCGUCCUCAUGCAUGUUCCCCUGUACAACAGUAAUACAGCACAUUAUAUGGAGGGCGAGGCCAUGAGAGCUGUUUUCGAGGAGUGGUUUGUAAAAUAUAAAGUCGAUAUGAUCUUUGCUGGUCAUGUGCAUGCCUACGAGAGAUCCUAUCGCAUUUCCAAUAUAGACUACAACAUAACAUCGGGCAACCGAUAUCCUAUACCUGAUCCAUCAGCUCCAGUAUACAUUACCAUUGGCGAUGGAGGAAAUCAGGAAGGCCUGGCUGGAAGAUUUUUCGAGGUGCAACCUGAUUACUCUGCAUUCCGGGAAGCGAGUUACGGGCAUUCGACCUUGGAGCUUAAGAACAGAACUCAUGCUCUAUAUCAUUGGAACAGAAACGACGAUGGCAAACAUGUGCCGGCCGACCGCUUUGUACUUCACAACCAAUACUGGGCAAGCAACACGCGGAGAAGAAUACUGAAGAAGCAUAAAUUCCCAAGCCGUGCCAGCCUCUUCGCUAAAUACAGAGAGUUCUUGGAUGCGAUUGCUUGACCUUAUCGAAGCAUAAAGAGUUCUUCAUCUGGUCAGUGAGUUUACUUCGGUGAAUCCACAGUUUGUUCUUUAAAAAAAAAACAUCAUAAUAUGAGGGAGGAGCCUUAGUGUGUUUGUGUAGUAUGAGUGUUUAUAUGUUGAUAACUAUAGGCUUCUUGUUUGUAUCAUCCGGAUAUUUUGCAUUAUUCUAACAACCCUGCUACUUGUGUUAUUUUCACAAGAAUAAUAAUAUUAAUGAUUAUUAUUUUCAA